AUGACUUCGAUUAGUCUUUCAGUAGCCAAGGCGUCUUUCGCUGCAGGAUUGCUACGACCCGAUCCAACCCCCGUGUCGCGUGACGAGCUAUCGCGUUUCCACACCCUCCUCAACACCGUACUCCUCGAGUGCUCGCCGACCAACGUUCAGCAAUGCCGGAAAUGGCUCGUCAGUAACUGCGUGCCUUCCAGCUCCAAGACCACAUCGCUUGUGAAAUACCUUGCGGCGGUGUCCGCAUCGUUGGAUGAUGGAGGGUCAAAGGCUGCCCCCUCCUCGGCGCGCAGGCGCCUCCAUAUACUGUACCUUCUAAGCGACGCGUUGCAUCAUUUGCGAUACCACGAGGCGACAUCGGCGAACUACAAGUCCUUCUCGAAUGGCAUCCAACCGCAUCUGUUGGAGCUGGUUGCACAUACGUCGGCUUCCUCGAAAGGCCACGCAAAGCUAGAGAGGAGGCUCGAUGAUUUGCUGGCCGUUUGGGAGCGACAAAAACUUCUAGAAUCAGGCGAGAUUUCAAGAUUACGAGAACGUGCCACUGCGGCGAAGACCUCCGACUUCCCAAUACCAACGAGCCAGACUCGCGCUGCCGCUGUCAAAGGAUGGGGGGAUAAUCAAGAUGUUCCCUAUAAUCUGCCCGCGACUCAUGGCGACCCUUCCACGCCUUACUACGAUCUUCCUGCCGCAAACAUGAUGCCGCAUAUACGACCGAAUUCGCCGAGACCGAUCAAUAUUUCGCACAUGAAACCGAUCCAACUUACACGGGGUCCUGCAGACUCAGGUCUUGUGAAUACGGUCAAGGAUUUCAUGGAGGACAUUGAUCGAAUCUUCCGCUCGCCAUAUGCUGAUGAGCAAGUACAAGACGUAGAUGCGAUGGGCCAGCCACUGGUGAAGGACCCCGACACGGGCGAGCUAGUGCCGCUGGACACGUACUAUGGCUGGUCUGCUUCUUUCUGUGAGCAGAUGAAG